UAUAUAUUUUUUUUUCAUUUCUACUGAAUAUUAUCCUCCAAAUCGGCCCUGCCUAAAGGGGUAGUUUAUCUUUCAUUUUUUUUCUUUCCAUUUAGAUUUUUGUAGUCAAUGGAUCUAACAGACCGUCGCAACCCUUUCAACAAUCUGGUUUUUCCGCCGCCGCCGCCGCCACCGACCUUCACAAACCCUAUUUUUCCACGAGUCAGCUCUCCCGGCACGAACUUCCCCAUUAUUGCCAUCGCAGUGAUCGGAAUCUUAGCCACCGCGUUCUUGCUUGUAAGCUAUUACGUCUUCGUCAUCAAAUGCUGCCUUAAUUGGCACCAAAUCGACAUUUUCCGCCGCCGCAGACGAAGCAGUGACCAAAACCCUCUAAUGAUUUACUCUCCUCAUGAGCUAAACAGAGGUCUCGAUGAAUCCGCCAUUAGAGCAAUCCCAAUAUUCAAAUUCAAGAAGAGAGACGUUGUUGCAGGAGGAGAAGAAGAGCAGAACAAGAACUCUCAAGAAUGCUCUGUUUGCUUGAGCGAGUUUCAAGAAGACGAGAAGCUGAGGAUCAUUCCCAAUUGCUGCCACGUGUUCCACAUUGAUUGCAUAGAUAUCUGGCUUCAGGGCAACGCGAAUUGUCCCUUGUGCAGAACCAGCGUUUCUUGCGACGCAAGUUUCCCUCUUGACCUAAUAUCUGCACCGAGCUCUUCCCCGGAGAUUAGUCCUCCUUCUCGCAACCGGAUUCGUGAUCAACCUGACGCGGUUUUAGGAGGUGACAGAGACUUCGUCGUGAUCGAGCUUGGGACCAGUGAUGGUAAUAACAGACAAAGCGUGAGAAACAGAGAACUCCUUCCGGAACAAGAAAGGACCGAGGUUUCUCCUAAAAAGUUUGAUCAUUGCGCAAUGCGUAAGAAAGGAAUAUCUUAUAAAGUGACGAGUAUGGGAGACGAAUGUAUCAAUACUCGAGGCAAGGAUGAUCAGUUCGGUGCAAUUCAACCAAUAAGAAGAUCGAUCUCCAUGGAUUCAUCAGCUGACCGCCAACUCUACCUUGCGGUUCAAGAGGCGAUUUGCCGGAAAACUGGGAAGAUCCCGGCGGUGGCCGGAGAAGAUGGAGCUUGUACGGAAGAUUGUAGCAGUAGUGGUGGUGGUGGUAAUAACAAAGUGGUGAAGAGAUGUUUCUUCUCUUUUGGAAGUAAUAGAGGUUCUAGAAGUUCUUCAAUAUUGCCUGUUUAUUCAGAACCAUAAUUGUGUUUUCUUCUUCCUUACUCAUUUAAACAAAAAAAAAUAUUCUUUUGUUUUUGUAUUUUUUUUUAAUUGGUUAUAUUUUGAGGUGAGUUAAAAGUAUUUUGGAGGUUGAUGUA